AUGCAAAUCUCGAAUCAACAUUUAACAACAACACUAAACAUUAUUAAAUCCAGUGGUGAAAGUUUCAAUAAAAAAAUAGCAAAAUCUUUAAAAAAUUCUCAAAAAGAACGGAUUCAUGACGAUAACGAUGUCGACGAUGAUAUCUUUUUUGAUGCUCUAAAUACGUGUGGUGACGAAGGAAUUUUGAUUCCCAUUCGAAAACAAGAAAUGACAGAAGCAUCACUAAGAUACAGUGUUCAAUCUCUGACAGAUGCACGAUCAAUAAACAUAUUUAGUCAUGCGAAAAAAGUUGAUUUGCAACAAUCAUUAAUUGAAGCAAUGAGCAUAAUGAAAUUAGUAUUUGAAAAUCGUUUAAAUGAAGGUAUGAUGGAAGGGGAACAAACAUUAAAAUAUUCAAAAAAUAAUGAAUCAAAAUCCAUCUAUCAUAGUCUUUGUCAUAGUGGUUUAAGAUUUAUGCAAGCGAUCAUGUCGUUUCAAAUGGAUGAUAUUGAAACAACAAAUCAAGCAAUUAAACAAACUAUAACAUUAACAAAAAAAAUCAUUGAGAAAUCAUGGUUUAGUGAGAGUAAUGCAUCACUGGAAAUAUCAACGGGAUACGAAUUACAUGCCAGAUUAGUUUACGCCGAAGUAUUACUAUUGCAUUCAUUAUUGGUUUUUUUACAAGAUCAAAAUUUAUUUUCGUUUAUCCGUGGUGGAAUGAAAAUGAAAGAAUGCAAUGAUGUAUUUAAAAAAUUAACAAAAUAUUCUCAAAUAGAUAAUACUAAUGAAUAUAACACAAAAAUAUUUUCAUCAAAACAAAUUUAUGAACAUUUUGAUUCGGGUGUAAGAAUGGGAAUAGGCGUAUUUAAUAUAAUUACUAGCACAUUACCUGAGAGAAUUACAAAGUAUUUAUCGUUGGUGGGCUUUUCUGGUAAGACCGAUGUCGGUUUAAUAGAAUUAAAAAAAUCAGCCAUAUCAAAUGGAUUAAGAGCACCACUAUCAGCUCUAUUUUUAUUAACAUAUUAUUUAUUCAUACAACAAAUAUAUGUUAAUAGUGAAGGUAAUUUAGAUCAAGCGAGUUUACUAUUGAAUAAAUAUUUGAAAAUUUAUCCACACUCGUGUAUAUUUCUAUUUUUUCGUGCACGUAUAGAAUUAUUAUUAUGUAAUUUGAACGAAGCGGUGAUCAUUUAUCAGAAAACAAUUAGUAUCCAAAACGACUGGAAACAUUUACAUCAUAUCUCUCAAUGGGAAAUGAUGUGGUGUUAUGUCUUGCAAUAUAAUUGGAAAGACGCCAGUAGAAUCUCUCAUAUUUUACUGAAUGAAUCUAAUUGGUCAAAGGCAAUAUUUUGUUAUUAUGCAGCUGUAUUCAAAUAUGAAUUAUAUCAAGAUCAUGUGAAGGAAGAAUUACUUAAAUUAUUUAAACGUGUACCGGAACUAAAAAUAAGAAUUGCUGGCAAAUCGAUACCAAUGGAAAAAUAUGCAAUUAAAAAAUGUGAACAUUUUCUCACACAAAAAUGGCUAUUAUUACCUGGUUAUGAACUUAUUUAUAUGUGGAAUGGAUUCUAUAUUCUUAGAAAAAAUCGAGAUAAACUGUUGAAUACACUGGAAACAAUUAAUAAUAGUUUAAAUGAAAUAAAACAGAAAUAUUCACAUGAUAAAUUUUAUAUAGAUAAUUUGGGUACCGGUUUACUAUUGAAAGGUGUUAUCAAAGGCUUUUUACUAAAUUAUGAUGAGGCACACGAAUGUUUUAACAAUGUCAUUCAAAUGAGUAAACAAUAUGAAUCAAAAUCUUAUUUAACUCCAAAUGCGUAUAUGGAAAAGGGUUUUUUGUUCAUUUAUACACAACAAUUUCAAAAGGCAAAAGAUUGUUUAAAUAAGGCAGUUAAUGAUUACAUAGAUUAUCAAUUAGAAUCACGAUUACAUUUCAAAGUUAAUGCUGCCUUGAGACAUAUCAAAAUGUUGGAAUCACAAACAUAA